AUGACAAAAGGAGAUUCUUCUGGGAAGACUAAAUUCACCAAGUGCCGUUCACCUGAACUAGAGACCUUUUCAUGCCACUGGACAGAUGAGGUUCAUCGUAGCUUAAAGAGCCCAGGAUCUGUACAGCUGUUCUAUAUUAGAAGGAAUACUCAAGAAUCGACUCAAGAAUGGAAAGAAUGCCCCGAUUAUAUCUCUGCUGGAGAAAACAGCUGUUACUUUAAUUCAUCAUAUACCUCCAUUUGGAUACCUUACUGUAUCAAGCUAACUAACAAUGGUGUUACGGUGGAUCAAAAGUGUUUCUCUGUUGAGGAAAUAGUACAACCAGAUCCACCCACUGGCCUCAACUGGACUUUACUGAACAUUAGUUUAACUGGUAUUCAUGCGGAUAUCCAAGUGAGAUGGGAACCACCACCCAACGCGGAUGUUCAGAAAGGUUGGAUAGUUCUGGAGUAUGAACUUCAAUACAAAGAAGUAAAUGAAACUCAAUGGAAAAUGAUGGACCCUGUAUUAUCAACAUCAGUUCCAGUGUACUCGUUGAGACUGGAUAAAGAAUAUGAAGUGCGUGUAAGAACCAGACAACGAAACUCUGAAAAAUAUGGUGAAUUCAGUGAGGUGCUCUAUGUAACACUUCCUCAAAUGAGCCCAUUUGCAUGUGAAGAAGAUUUCCGGUUUCCAUGGUUCUUAAUUAUCAUCUUUGUAAUAUUUGGACUAACGGUGAUGCUAUUUGUAUUCAUAUUUUCUAAACAGCAAAGGAUUAAGAUGCUGAUUCUGCCUCCAGUUCCAGUUCCAAAGAUUAAAGGAAUUGAUCCAGAUCUCCUCAAGGAAGGAAAAUUAGAGGAGGUUAACACAAUCUUAGCCAUUCAUGAUGACUAUAAACCUGAAUUCUACAAUGAUGACUCUUGGGUUGAAUUUAUUGAGCUAGAUAUUGAUGACCCUGAUGAAAAGACUGAAGGAUCAGACACAGACAGACUUCUAAGCAAUGAUCAUCAGAAAUCACUUAAUAUCCUUGGGGCAAAGGAUGACGACUCUGGACGUACCAGCUGUUAUGAACCUGACAUUCUGGAGGCUGAUUUCAAUGCCAGUGAUGUGUGUGAUGGUACCUCAGAGAUUGCUCAGCCACAAAGGUUAAAAGGGGAAGCAGAUCUCUUGUGCCUUGACCAGAAGAAUCAAAAUAACUCACCUUAUCCUGAUGCUUCCCCUGCUACUCAACAGCCCAGUGUUGUCCUAGCAGAGGAAAACAAACCACGGCCACUUUUUAUUGGUGGAACUGAGUCAACUCAUCAAGCUGCCCAUACUCAGCUAAGCAACCUGAGUUCACUGGCAAAUAUCGACUUUUAUGCCCAGGUGAGCGACAUUACACCAGCAGGGAGUGUGGUCCUUUCCCCGGGUCAAAAGAGCAAGGCAGGGAUAUCCCAGUGCGACAUGCAUCCAGAAGUGGUCUCACUCUGCCAAGCAAACUUCAUCAUGGACAAUGCCUAUUUCUGCGAAGCAGAUGCCAAAAAGUGCAUUCCUGUGACCCCUCACAUCGAGGUCAAAUCACAGGUAGUGCCAAGCUUUAACCAGGAGGACAUUUAUAUCACCACAGAAAGCCUUACCACUACUGCUGGGAAGUCUGGGACAGCAGAAUGUGCUCCGGGUUCUGAGAUGCCUGUCCCAGACUAUACCACCAUACAUAUAGUACAGUCUCCACAGGGCCUCAUACUCAAUGCGACUGCCUUGCCCUUGCCUGACAAAGAGUUUCUCUCAUCAUGUGGCUAUGUGAGCACAGACCAACUGAACAAAAUUAUGCCAUAGCCUUUGAUUUCUCAAGAGCUAUGUAUUUAAUGGCAAAGAAUCGGUUAGGGCAUGAAUGCUUAAACCAAAACAAUGUUUAAACCUUUGGAGGGGGUGGGUAGAUGGGAUGUGGAUUCUAAAUGCCUUUUCUGAAAUGUUGAAACAUGAUAUUAAAAAGAAAAAAUGAGAAGAAUGAUUAAUCAGAUAGAUAUUCCUGUUGUGCAUUGUAAAUAUUUUAAAGAAUUGUCUCAAAGACUUUUAGUGGCAGUGAUUGUCUUGUUAUUGUGGGUGUUAAUUUUGUGAUACUAAGCAUUGAAUGACUGUGUUUUUAAUGUAUAGUAAAUCAUGCUUUUUGAAAAAGAAAAAAAAAAAUCAGGUGGCUUUUACAGUUCAGGAAAAUUGAGUGCAAAUCAUAGCACAGGCUAAUUAUUUUCUUUUUUAAAUAAU